GAUGGGAAUUUAGCGUUCUUCGGAGCGAAAAAUAAGGAUUCCUUCAACACCGUAGUUGCCACUUGUUAACAGGCGAUCAUCAACUGAGAUUUGGCCGAAAUGCUGGGUUCACACUUCCUGUUUUGUUGCAUUUUAUUUGUGCUCCAGUGUCCUCAACAUGUCUCAGGCAGCACCUGCAAUCCUGUCUCUGAACACGCAAAAUUUGGCAAGUGCUGCCAUUUGUGCCCACCUGGCACGUAUAUGAGCCGCGAGUGCACUGAGGAAACUGACUCGGAAUGUCAACCUUGUGGCCCUGAUCGUUAUCAGUCAGAGUGGAAUGUUCUGGAACAUUGUCAUCUGCAUAAAGUCUGUACCAAUAAUGGAGGAUUUGUGGUUGAAAAGGCUGGCACCAGUACCAGUGAUACAGUCUGUCAGUGCCAGGUUGGGAAGCACUGUGUCAAUAAGGACUGUGAGAUCUGUGAAGAGAACAACGUCUGUGAACCCGGCUAUGGAGUUGUGUACAAAGAAGAAGGUGCGAAUUUCACAAUACCUGUGUGCGAGGUGUGUGAAGCUGGAUAUUUCUCAAACAUAUCUUCUAACUUGGAACCCUGCAGGAAAUGGAGCGAUUGUGGCUCUCUCCAUAUGUUGGUGAAUGGAACGAUAACGAAGGAUGUGGAAUGUGGCUCGCAAGUACCUUCAUCCAAAGUGGGAUUGGUUGUGGUCAUUGCACUCCUUACUACAGUACUUUCUUUCAUCUUGCUAUCCUUCUUCAUCUAUUCGGGAUAUAAUCAAGAGAAUCGGACCAAGGUGUGGAUUACUUUUACCAGGCUGGUGAAAUGUGCAGAGCCCACAAAAAAGCCAAUCCAGGAGCUGACUGAGAACGGAAGGAUAGUGGCCACAGCUGGUGAUGAAGACAAGAGCCCAGAGAUGAUGACUGAGCUUCUGCUUGUGUAAACGGCUGGCGGAUUAAAGGCUGUAAUGGACUAGGCAAUGGCACGGAUGUCUUUUGUUUGCUGUGUUUUUUCACCAGAUCCAGCAACACAUAGCUCUGGCCUUUGACCCGAGAUGAUCUGCAACUGUGAACUUCUUAAUCCUGACAUUUGAAAGCUGGUUUGGAACAGCUGCCACAGUCACCUUUGGUCUUCUGUGGAGCACCUGGCCCUGACACAGGGGUAACGAAUGAAUGAAGCAGCGUGUGCAGUGACAGAACAGGUGGAUGUUUGCCUGAGUUGCAGCAAGGGAAUUUAUUUCCAUGUUUAUGUGGAGACAGAAACUUUUCAGCUCCAAGAUGUUGCAGCUGGUUCAAUAAGGAGGAAUGUUUCAUUCUAUCAAUCCUCCUCUUGCACUUCCUCAAGGCAAAUAAGGAUCGGUGGAUGUGACAGUAGUUGAAUUAUUUAUGUGGAGUUCGCCUGUGUAAAUAAUCGACUGUGAACGUAAUUGGAUAUUCAGGCUGUUUUCUGACCUAACCCUGGUCUGUCCCCCCUCUUCCACUGCAGCCCCACUGUCCCCAGUCUCUGUAUAUUCUCCUGCUGGUUCCUGCUGGCGUAUGUAUAUAUAUAUAUAUUUUAUAAAUGUACAACUGUAGUUUAUAAUAAAUGUAGAGUUGUAGAAAGGAAAACGUGUUAAGCUGU